AUGACCGAGGCCAAUGUUGACCUCAACGCUUCAAGGGUUACAGCGGUGGUUGUUUGCUACUCAGUGCCGAUCCCAUUCAUUUUAUUAUUUACCGGCCUGAGGCUUUUCAUCAAACUUCGACCGUCAUCGCGGAAUCCUAUGAGUUUGGAUGACUAUAUGAUUAUUGGAGCGACCUGCAUAUCGCUAGGGUUAUGCAUCAGUGGUUUGGUCUACGAGCCAAACACUGACAACAGCACACAAUCAGGCCCACCCUACGGGUUCGGUAGACACAAAGCUGCUCUAUCUGAGAAAGAUCUUCAGACUUUUAUGCUGGGCGACUAUGUUUUCAGCCACUUCUACAACUUCGCCAUCGCAAGCACGAAACUCGCAAUUCUAGCUCUGUAUUACCGCAUAUUUAGCACGAAACGAUUCCAGCGGAUCCUAAUUGGCACAGCAAUCUUCAUCUUCCUUUGGAUCGCAGCCAUGGAGAUCGGGCUCGGACUUCAAUGCGUGCCGGUCGCGAAAGCCUGGGAUCCGAACGUAAAGGGUAGAUGUCUGGAUCUCGUGGCUUUUUCAUACUUUACCAACAUCACGAAUCUGGUCACCGAUAUCUGGGUGUUCCUGCUCCCUGUUCCCAUUAUACUGAGGCUCCAUAUUGACCGGAAGCGGAAGUUGGAGCUAGCGGGGAUAUUUACGAUCGGUCUCUUGACUUGCGCGAUUAGUAUCACGCGAUUGACCGUCGUUGUUUCACAAGGAUCAUCCGAUUUUACAUGGGCCGGCGUUCCAUUGGGAAUCCUCUCAGUCUAUGAGCCACUUGGUGGAAUACUUUGCGCCAAUCUACCCUUUCUGUACAAACAUGCCACCAGCAUGCUCAAGAAAGUCAUGUCAUCAUUCGGUGUUCAGACUGAGGAAACAGACCCCGAAAACGGAGUGAGAAGGCCUCAAUACUUAUUGUGGAAGAGGAAACAAGAUCUCAGCAUGCAAAGCGAGUGGAGCAAGCUCCGACGUGACACUGAUAAGAGCACUUCAGCUACACUGAGCGAGGUGCGCUCUGCUCAUGCCACGGACGGAGAGUUUGAGUUAAAAGAAUCUAGAUCCCGAGGAUCAGAGCCAUAG